CCUUCUCCUCCUCCUUUUAGAACCGGCUGGAACAACCCAGCGGAGGGAGAAACUGCUGCAGUGCCCUCCCAGGUCUCAGAGCAAGCAACUUUGGCUGUAAGGGAAGGCUUGAAGCAUGGCUGAGUUUUGGCUGAUUUCCGCUCCGGGAGAUAAGGAGAAUCUUCAAGCGCUGGAGCGGAUGAACACGGUUACUUCCAAAUCCAACCUGUCCUACAACACCAAAUUCACCAUCCCUGACUUCAAGGUGGGGACAUUGGAUUCUCUUGUUAGUCUUUCAGAUGAGUUGGGGAAACUGGAUACCUUUGCUGAAAGUCUUAUAAAGAAGAUGGCACAGUGUAUAGUAGAAGUGAUGGAAGAUGCGAAGGGUAAAGUUCAGGAAAACCUACUGGCUAAUGGAGUUGACCUAACAACUUUCGUGACCCGUUUCGAAUGGGACAUGGCCAAAUAUCCAGCAAAACAGCCUCUGGUGGCCGUAGUGGACACACUAGCGAAGCAACUAGCCCAGAUAGAAACAGACCUGAAAACCAGAACUGCUGCCUACAACACUUUGAAAGGAAAUCUGGAAAACCUGGAAAAAAAAUCUAUGGGAAAUCUGUUUACUCGAACCCUUGCUGAUAUUGUGUCCAAAGAAGAUUUUGUGUUGGAUUCUGAAUAUCUCAUCACUCUCCUGGUGAUAGUUCCCAAGACAAGUUACGCACAGUGGCAAAAAACAUAUGAAUCGCUCUCAGACAUGGUGGUGCCUCGGUCAACCAAACUGAUUGCCGAAGACAACGAGGGAGGACUUUUCACAGUGACAAUGUUCAGAAAAGUGAUUGAUGAUUUCAAAUCCAAAGCAAAAGAAAACAAGUUUAUUGUUCGUGAAUUUUUCUAUGAUGAGAAUGAAAUAAAAAACGAAAGGGAAGAAUUGGCAAAAUUAGUUUCAGAUAAGAAGCAACAAUAUCAAACUUCGCGUGUUGCUCUUAAAAAGGGAUCAGCCGCCCUACCGGAUCACAUGGUUAAGGUAACCCCGCUAGGGAACACCGAUAGGCCCGCUACGGGGCAGACGGAGAGAGAGAGAGAGAGUGAGGGCGAGGGCGAGGGUCCGCUGUUCCGCUGGCUAAAGGUGAACUUCAGUGAAGCAUUUAUUGCUUGGAUUCAUAUAAAGGGCUUGAGAGUUUUUGUUGAAUCUGUGCUCAGGUAUGGGCUACCUGUGAAUUUUCAGGCAGUACUUCUCCAGCCCCAUAAGAAGUCCACAAAACGUUUAAGAGAGGUCCUAAAUGCUGUAUUCAAACAUCUGGAUGAAGUUGCAGCAGCAAGCAUGAUGGAUGCUGCCAUGGAUAUCCCUGGGUUACAACUCAGUAACCAAGACUAUUUUCCUUAUGUAUAUUUUCACAUUGACCUGGGUCUUCUCGACUAGUUAAGAAAAAGGCCAUUUGCCACUGACCCCACAUCUCCACUGUGUUUCUGAAGAGCUGGGCUGCUCUCAUCUCCACCCUCGUAGAACCAGCGCUGCCCCUUUCAGGAAACCGAUCACUCUUACAAAGAACCACUUUGGGAUGUAAUCAAGAUUUAAAAAAUUCUUAGAGUACCAUCUUAAUUACUGCUGAAAUAGUAUGGCUGUAUUUAUUUUUUUUGUAAAUGACAAAGCAUGAAAUUCUACCAUUUCCUUGAAUGUUAAACGCGUUUUUAAAAAUCUGGAUUUCAGAGAAUCAAAGCUAUAAAGUUUCUCUAACAAAGCCUC